AUGUUGGUUGACACUGCAGGCCACUGGUGGGAGUCAGUAUCUCGCACUAGAACAGAAGCACAACAGUGUGCUCUGAUGUGGAUACAAUUUAAGGACAAAGAAAUGGGAAAAUACUUCCCCCAAGCUCUAAGAGAUCAAAAGGAGAGAGAAUUCCUUCAACUUAAACAGGGAAAAAUGAAGCUUGAGGAUUAUGAGAGAAAAUUCGAACAACUCUCGAGGUAUGCACCACACCUAGUGGACACUGAAGCAAAGAAAGCAAGUUGGUUCGAACUAGGAUUGCGCCCUAAGAUUGGUGGAAUACUGGCAUCCCACCAAUUCACCACCUAUAGCCGAGUAUUGAAAACUGCCCAAACGAUCUCAAAUAGGUUGGAAAUUGACCAAACUCCCCAGCAAGGGGUCGAGUCUUUAGGAAAGAGGAAAUUGAAUGGGUCCAACGAAGGGAAAAGAGAAGGACCGAACAAGAAGCAUGUGUACUAUCGAUGCGGUAAAACAUGGUAUAUUUCCAAAAACUGCAAAGAAGACCCUUCGAAGAAAAAUGACGAGCCAGAAAAGAAAGACUCGAGUGUUCGCUUUAGCCCAGGGACAGGCUACGGAAGACCUGAACGCAGAACAAUGAAAGAAUUGCUCAUACGAAUCACUAGAUGGCGAAACCUCAUCACAACUGAGUCUGUAAAGGUCGAGUAG